UACCUCUCAGAAAAACGUCCAACAAGGAUACUGUUAAAUUAUACCUCAUAAAUUAUCUCGCCACAAAACAUUAAAACAUUAGUCAGGAAACAGUCGAAACAGUUUUUAAACAGUCAAAAAAGUCGAAGAAACAGCGCAAUGACUCGGUCGUUCAGUGUGAUGCUAAAAUCGUCAAAGGGUGAAUUCAUUUUGAAUGGAUUGAAACGGGGUACAACCCUUGGCGAGCUAAAGACGAUUAUCGCCCAAACGAUGGCCAUACCGGAGCCGCUGCAGCUGCACUUGCUGAUCGGCUGUCCACCCCAACGUUUAGAUCUCUCGCAAGAUCGAGACCUAAAGACAGUGGGAAUCAAAAGCGGUGAUACCUUGAUACUGGAGGAAAAGGCUGGGCUUGGAACUGGAGAUGAAGCACCAGUGACUGCGACUGCCACCGCCACCCAGGCCACUGUCUGUUCAAUGCUGGCGAAUGACGAGGCGCUAGCUCGUCGUCUGCAAGCCGAAGGGAAUGUCGGUCAGCAGGGUUUAGAUAACGAAAUGCCAGACCAAGAGGAGUCAUCGGGAUCGACGAGCGGCAGCUUUAAUGGCAUCGUUCUGAAGAAGGAGGUGCCGGCGGAUAACUCGUGCCUCUUUACGAGCAUUCGCUUCGUAUUAAAUGGCAAGUUGGAUGACGAGGGCAGCGAAUUGAUGCGCCACAUUGUGGCCCAGGAGGUGUCCGCCGAUGCCGACCGAUACAACGAUGCAGUUCUGGGCAAGUCAAAUGCUGAUUAUUGCGCCUGGAUCCAGAAGCCGGACUCGUGGGGCGGAGCCAUCGAGGUCGCCGUUCUCUCCAAUUACUACGGCAUUGAGAUCGAUGUGGUGGACAUCCAGAAUGCCAUCAUCAAUCGGUUCGGGGAGGACAAAAACUUUGGAAUGCGCGUCUUCAUCCUCUACAACGGCAUCCACUACGAUCCAUUGUACAUGGAUUACUUCCAGAAUGAGUCUGAGGCCACCAUCUUUCCCGUGGAGGAGAUGGGCGUCUACCACCAGGCCAAGCAGAUUGCCUUCGAGGCCCACGCCUCAGGACAGUUCAUCAACGUGGAAAAACUCGCCGUUCGCUGCCUGGUCUGUGAUGCGGCGCUGUUGGGCCGGAAGCAGGCCCAGAAGCACUACAAAUCGACUGGACACAAGAAGUUUGAAGAGAUGUAAACACAGUUAUGUUUUUGAUAUAAUAAAUUUGUUGCUCUUUGCAGUGGAUCAAAAAUUAUAUCCCAUAAAAAUCCCCUA